ACUUAAAGAUGUGGGAGGGGAGAUACCCAGAUGUGGUCAAAGAAAUCCGUGAUGGGCUGUAUGUAGACGACCUCAUGACGGGGGGUGCAACUGUUGAAGAAGUCAACGAUAAGAAGAUGAAGACAAGCGAAGUUUUCGAAGACGCCACCUUUAAACUGCACAAAUGGCACUCUAACGUCGAAGAUCUUGAAGAAAGGACACCAGUGUUGACACAUGACGGGGAAGAGACAACCUUCGCGAAGCAGCAUCUCGGAGUCGAGCAAACGGAAACGAAAUUACUUGGCCUACCAUGGGACAAGAAGCGAGAUACACUCAGCGUGGUGGUAAACAAGGAGGAGUUCGCGAAUACCAAAAGAAUAGCUCUAUCACAACUGGCGAAGGUUUACGACCCGCUCGGCUUGGUAUCACCUGCUACGGUUGUUGGAAAGAUGUUGUAUCGCGAAAUCUGCGAAACCCAUCUUGCGUGGGACAGCGAACUCCCAGAGGAAUUGAAGAAACGUUGGAUGAAAUGGUACUCGCAAAUGCCAGAACACUUCUCGGUUCCGCGAUCGUUAGCACCACGUUAUCAACCAGUGUUGUCAAUAUCAAUCCAUGCAUUCGGAGAUGCAAGCAAGAAUGGGGUGUCUGCCGCCGUGUAUGCCGUGGUUGAACAGCAGGAAACGACGACACAAGGGUUAGUGUGUUCCAAGUCUCGACUGGCGAAGCGUGAUCUUACGAUUCCACGUUUGGAGUUGGUAGCAGGGCACAUGGCAGUCAAUCUUGGGUCUAAUGUCGAAAGAGCAAUUGGCGUUGAGAAGGUAUCCGAGGUACAUUGCUGGUUAGACUCCACCGUGGCAUUGUACUGGAUCAAUGGCCAAGGCGAGUACCGUCAAUUUGUCGCCAACAGAGUGAAGAAGAUCCAAGAGCACGAGCGCGUUAAAUGGCACCAUGUUCCCACUCAUGAGAAUCCAGCAGAUCUUGGGAGUCGUGGGGGAACAAUCGACGAAAACGAGCUUUGGCAGCGUGGACCAGCAUGGCUUAGUGAUCCAAGCAGAUGGCCCCCGCAAGUGACGCUCACAGCCGACGAAAGGGUGAAAGAGGAAGCGAAACGAGAGCGGAGUCCCCAGGUCCUGACGACAUCUAAUAAAUCUCUAGAUAGUUUCGACGAGCUAAUCAACAAAUUCUCUUUACGGAAAACCCUGAGGAUUGGAGCAUGGAUCCACAGAUUCCUUACGAACUGUAGAAGUCGAACUGACAAAGUGAGUGGCCCACUCAAAACACAAGAGAUCGAAGUGCAAAACUUAUGGUGGAUCCAGAAAACCCAACGCGAAGCACAACGCAGUGGGGAAAUUGCUAAAGACAAGAUACAACUCAACCUACAACCCAACGCAUCGGGAAUCUUGGAGUGUAGAGGAAGAAUCGAAGGGGAAUACCCGAUAUACUUGCCAGAGAAUCAUGUAUACACGAAGAAACUUGUGGAGAAGGCGCAUCUUUCCACACUCCAUGGAGGAGUAGCCACAACCAUGUCCAAAGUUAGAGAGCGUUAUUGGAUCCCAAAACUACGACAGCUCGUGAAGAGAAUUAGGAGGAAGUGUUACGGGUGUAUUAAGUUUCGAACCCAAGCCUACAACAACCCACCACCUGGAAACCUCCCACCUACCCGAACUGACGGCUCUGCACCAUUUCAAGUCCUCGGAGUGGACUUUGCUGGCCCAAUUCAGUACAAGACGAAAGCGAACGCAGUCAGAAAAGCCUAUUUGGUCCUGUACGGCUGUAGCUUGACAAGAGCAGUGCACCUCGAGCUGUUGAGAUCUCUGGAAGUUUCGGAGUUCCUACCGAGUCUAAAGAGACUUAUAGCACGACGCGGACGUCCUGAGAUAAUAUAUUCGGACAACGCAAAGACCUUCAAAGCUGCGAAGAAGUGGUUGAGCAAAGUAUAAAAGGAAGAAAGUC